UACUGGUGGCCGAACGAGUGCUGGUGAUUAACCACAAAAUACAAAGGGAAUUAAUGAGAUAACCGGCGAAACAAAUUCACCCAUGAACUGUUUAUAUUUAGUGUAUCGUUUUAUUGGCAAUGUUUAAUUGCUCCUGGAUUUGAUAUUUAUCUAGUCUAUUACUUAAAUGGAUUAUUAAGUUAUUAGGGUAUCUUACCUGGGAGACUUGUAGCUACCAGUAUAUAGCCUUCUUUAAUGCCUACUAAUAGUGCAGCAGAGGGAUCACUUAACAUGAUUGACGAUCUUUCAAAUUUUGAUCUAAAGAGUGUUAAAACAAGCAUUCAAAAAGCGAUAUUAGAUUGUUCCAUCAGAGGACUUAAUCACACAACCAAAUGGUUGUCAGAACUUAAUUUUUCACUAAAAGAUGUUGAGAUUGACCCUGCUGAAAGAGUUCAUACAGAUCCUGCAGUUUUUGGAAAUGAGUACGACACUUAUUUUCUGGCUAAGAGUUACUUCGAUGUAAGAGAAUAUGACAGAUGUACUUAUCACACGGAGAAGAGUACGACGCCGGUAUGUCGAUUCCUCCACUUGUACUCGAAGUAUCUGUCACUGGAGAAGAAGAAGGUGGAGGACAUGACCGACGACUGGCCAGACCCGAGAGUGAACUCCAAGCUGCAGAGUCUCUGUGUGGACCUACGGACCGACUACUUGAUCUGGAAACUUGACUGUUACAUGCUGUACUUGUACGGUGUGGUUCUCAAGCGGCGGGACCUGCACAACGAAGCGAUACAGGUGUUGGUGGAGGCCAUCCACAAGGAGCCGUUACAUUGGGGUGCUUGGAUAGAGCUGGCCACACUUAUACCUGACAGAGCCAAGUUGAGGUCUCUGCUGCUACCAGAUCACUGGAUCAAGCAGUUCUUCCUCGCCCACACGUACUUGGAACAGCAGCUGAACGACGAAGCGUUAGAUAUCUACGGUCAGUUGCAGAGUCAGGGUUUUGGCCAGAGCAACUACUUACUCGCCCAGACCGCAAUAGCUUACCACAACAAGCGAGAUGUAGUCAAGGCCAUUUCAACAUUUCACGAACUGCGGAAGCUGGAUCCACUCCGAUUGGACAACUUGGACACAUUCUCGAAUUUGCUCUACGUGAGAGAAAUGAAAGUGGAGCUUGCGUACCUAGCUCAUCAUGCUUCUGAGAUUGACAAGUACAGAGUGGAGACUUGUUGUGUCAUAGGUAAUUAUUACAGUUUACGAACUGAACACCAAAAAGCUGUUUUGUACUUCCAAAGAGCCCUUCGACUGAACCCCCAGUACCUCUCGGCUUGGACGCUGAUGGGUCAUGAGUUUAUGGAGAUGAAAAACACAAAUGCGGCCAUCCAGAGCUAUCGACAGGCCAUCGAGGUGAACAGACGUGACUAUAGAGCGUGGUACGGCCUCGGCCAGACCUACGAGAUACUGAAGAUGACCUACUACUGUCUGUACUACUACAAGCAGGCCCAGCAGUUGAGGCCGAACGACAGCCGCAUGUUGGUAGCAUUGGGCGAGACGUACGAGAAACUCGACAAGAUCCAGGAUGCCCUGAAGUGUUUCUACAAGGCCCGCAGCGUCGGCGAUAUAGAAGGCGUUGCAAUCUUCAAGCUGGCCAAGUUGUACGAGAAAGUGCAGUUGGUGGACGAAGCGCUGACAGCGUACACAGAGUUUGUGAAAGAGAUGGUGAGCAUGACAACGAGCGACAACAAGGCUGACCUUGCUCAUGCUUACAAGUUUCUGGCGUCACAGCACAUCAAGAACAGCAACCUGGAGCUGGCGCAUCAGUACGCGCAGAAGUGUCUCACCUUCGAGGAGACCAAAGAAGAAGGCAAAGCCUACCUAAGAACAAUUGCCUCAAAACGUGGACAACAAGGAGGGGACGAGUCAGGCAUGCAGGUGGAGGACAAUCUGUUGGCUUCACGGCAGAGGAUGAGGGCCAUAGACCCGAGCGAGGCAAGGAAUCUGGCCAGGAGUUUGGUGUUCUCGCCACCUGAAAACAACACGUAACUGAUUGGUUGGGCUCGGAGAACCAAACAGUUCGUUAAAAAAAGACUUCCUAAAAUCUUUUUUGAGCUAUAUCGAUGUUUCUAUUUAGCUCUUUUCAGUUGAACAUCAAUAAUUCAAAAGACGUUUUUAAAAUCAUCUUGAUCUGAGCCGUGGUAUAACUGAGAUAAUGUUAUGUUGAUACAUCAUUAUGAUGAUGGUUAUAGUUAUAUUGUUUAUGAAUUAUCAGUCUCCUAGCAUAAAUAUUUUCAGAAACCUAAGGGUUUUGGACAGUUAAGAGGAAUUUUAUUGUCAUAAAAUUUUGUUAGCAUAGUACUUACUCCAUUAAAAAACGUUUUAAAAAAGUUUUUAAAAACGAUAUGGGAACCUUGGUCUUUUUAUUUGAGUAUGAUUAAUUUUCUAUUAUUAUGAAUUUAAAUCAAUUGUAAGGUUUCAAUUAAAUUACACAAUGAGCUGAAGCAAUAUUGUCUUUACAGCAGGGCUGGUUCAUCACUGGUCAAUAUGGAAAUUCAUAGGAAUUUACAUUGUUCUAUUAAUUGUUAUGUUUUAUUCAAGUGAACACAGAACAAAUACUACAGAUUCUGGGAAAUUUUAAGCUAUCCUUUGGUAGCAUUUUGAUUUUUAUUCACUUGAAAUGAAAUAAUUGUUUCAAAAUCAACGUAACGAAGCUUUUUAUUUACUUGACCCAAUAAUUUUAUUUUUGAUUGCUUCCAUGCAUUGAGUACAAUGUGAUCUACCGUAAGGGAAUUGUGACAGAAAUUACACACUUUGAGUAUAAAUUGUUUUUGUUAUUGCAAGUGAAAUAAUCUAAGAAAAUAAUAUGAUGAUAUGAAACUAAAUUUAUAAUAAUUUAAAUUUUUUUAGUUCUGUUCAACAUAGAUUAAUUACCACUGAUUAAAAAUCUGGAACAAAUAUUGAUCAAAUGUCAUUAAAAUGAUCAAGAUGUGUCUAUGGCUUUGAUGACCGAUCAUUUUAUAUGGUUCCAUCAAAUGUAAAUAUUAUCAGUGUAAAUAUCAAUACGCUAUUUUUAGAAAAAAAAACAUUUGUACUUUAUUGUUUAUACUGAAUUCUUAUUACAAUAAAGUUAUGAAAGUGCUAUUGAA